AUGUGCAGCAUGCGCUGCGUGGACCAGGCGAUGCGUGCAUGUGCCGCGUGCGCUGUCGGUCAGAAAAACGAGUUAAGUUCCUCAACGGCCGCCAGCGAACUUCGAACGCCCGUCCGAUCGAAACAGCCUCACCAAGCAGCCAUGUGCGAGGCAGCAAAGCCGUUCCUUUCUACUCAUCGAAGCAAGAAGUAUCAAUGGCGACCCUUUAUCAUCGCCGUCUUUUAUCUUUCGAUCGCCCAACAUCCAGCCAGCAGCUGGCCACAUCGUCGUUCACAACAAGCAACGGUUUUUGUCUGGGAACACCUGUUUCCAGCGGAACUGAACUGCCCCCCUCCCCCCGUUUGGCAUGUGAAUGUGCCUACAAGGCCCACCGAUGCCAAAGCAGUGCCAGAACGGGGUCGUGGCGAGCAGCCAGCUCCUCGGGCACGGCACUGUCCGGAAGACGGAGAGGAUCGUCGCGCGACUCAAAGUGCGUCGUUUCAAGAGGAGGCCUUUGGAAUGCGAGGAAUGCGGAGGCCGACAACAGAAGAAAAGACCGGACCGACCGACAGGACCGGACUGACAGGACCUGACUGGCUUAAAUCGGCCGAAAAUGAGCCAAUGCCGCUUUUUGCCACUUUGAUCCGAUUUAUCGAUCCAUCCAUCAACGAACGAGGCUGA